AUGGAAUCCACUGGUCGCUGGGUCCAUGUCCCUUCCAACGGCAGCACUUAUGAGGUUGAGCUCAGAAACGGCUCCAAUUCCACUUCUCAGUUUACCGGCGUGCAGAUGAUCCAGUCUUUCAAGCCUCUGAUCAUCCCCUGCUACACUUUGGUUGUGCUGGUGGGCAUUUUUGGGAACUAUCUCCUCCUCCACGUCAUCUGUAAGACUAAGAAAAUGCACAAUGUCACCAACUUCUUCAUUGGAAACCUGGCCUUUUCUGACAUGCUGAUGUGUACAACCUGUGUCCCUUUUACUCUAGCAUACGCUUUCAACCCCCAGGGAUGGGUCUUUGGGAAGUUCCUGUGCUAUUUUGUGUUCCUGAUGCAGCCCAUGACGGUAUAUGUGUCUGUCUUCACCCUCACGGCUAUCGCAGUGGACAGGUACUACACCACAGUGCACCUCCUUAAGAAGCGCAUUUCCUUUACCACCUGUGUGUACAUCAUUGGUGGGAUCUGGCUGCUCUCCUGUGCCUUGGUGGCCCCCGCUAUUGCCCACACCUACCAUGUGGAGUUCCAGAAGGAAGGUUUUGCCAUCUGCGAGGAGUUCUGGAUGGAAGAGGGGAAAGAGCACCUGGUCUAUGCCUACAGCACCUUGAUCAUCACCUACAUCCUCCCCCUCUCGGCCGUCUCCCUCUCAUACAUCUGCAUCUCCAUCAAGCUGAAGAACCGCGUUGUGCCUGGCCACCCAACGCAGAACCAGGCGGAGUUCGACCGCCUGCGGAAGAGGAAGAUCUUCCGCCUGCUUGUGCUGGUGGUGGCCGCCUUUGCCGUCUGCUGGCUCCCCAUCCACGUCUUCAACGUCCUCCGUGACAUUGACAUCAACCUCAUCAACAAGGACUACUUCCUUCUGAUCCAGCUGCUCUGCCACUGGUUUGCUAUGAGCUCUUCCUGCUGCAACCCCUUCCUCUAUGCCUGGCUGCACGAUCGCUUCCGAAGCGGAUUGAAAGAGGUGUUCACCUUCAAGCAGAAGAUCAUGCCCACUAAUAACUGUGUAGCGGUCAGUGUAAUGCUCUGACAUGUUGGACUUAGGAGGGUCCAUGGCAGUUAGUUGAGAGGGGGGAGUAAGUUGUUCUUAGCUCAUAUGACUUGCACUCUCUAGCCCACCAAAGCCCAGUCUUACAAACUGGAAGAGCGAAGCCACUGCUUCCACUGCCUCUGUAGGAGAAAGGUUCUCCCGGACAAACACCUAAAAGCAUCCAAUUAAUCAUAGAAUCAUAGAAUCAUAGAGUCGGAAGAGACCACAAGGGCCAUCCAGUCCAACCCCCUGCCGAGCAGGAAACACCAUCAAAGCAUUCUUGACAUAUGCCUGUCAAGCAUAGCUGCCAAGUUUUCGCUUUUCUCGCGAGGAAGCCUAUUCAGCAUAAGGGAAAAUCCCUGUAAAAAAAGGGAUAACUUGGCAGCUAUGCUGUCAAGCCUCUGCUUAAAGACCUCCAA